CUCUUCUGUUCGUCUCCGGGUAGAAGCAGCAAACGUGGCCAUUCUGGAUCCAAACCAUCGCACGCAUCGCCCUCGCAUGCGCCCUCCUCGACAUGCAGAGGAAACCCAGCAUGGAGCGUCGCCAGGCGGCGACGAGGAAGAGGCUCUCACGGCGACAGCGAUCCGACACCACAUUGAGGGACCCACACGUACGCGCCCGCCUCGCGGAUCCACAGGCCCUCAGCGGGACAAUUCCUCGCCCACCUUGGCCAUCGUUCACUCUCAUGCUCGUUCGCGCCGCCCUGCUCUCGCAGCAGCAUCCCCUGCAUCUUCCUAUCCUGUUUGCACAAUUACGUGCGCGCCUGGCUGAUAAUGAAGCACGUCACUUGACACCCACUCAGCGCUCUAGGGUGUAUUCGCGGCCCAAUUCUACGUUCAUCUUCAGACUUCCUCGGCCAACCCCUUCAACUCCUCACCGUCACAAAGAAAAAGUCCCUCAAUCAUCUUCACAGCAGGAUGUAGCAGUGCAAACGGAUGAGGGGCCAGAGACGUCCAGCAUGCAGAUGAACGCAGCAUGCGGGAACACGGAACAUGCUCAAGAGAGAACGUCAGAAAUGCUCCAGACAUUCACGUACCCGCCUAACGACUUAUGCGUUGAAUCCGCGGGGCGAAACCGGAGACGCUGGCGUUUCCGCGUGCUGCUUGCCAUACGCAGGUUAAGCUUGCAUUGUCUUUGCCCAUUCAUGUGCACUUGAAAAGAUAGACUUGCAUCAUCCACAUUAUCCCUCACCCACGGACUUCGCAUCAUUCACGCAUGGAUUAUUGGCAUCGUUUGAUAGAUGAUGUAGACCGGUCAUCAUUGGCUCGCAUGACCGUCGAGCCAACUUGCUGCAGUUACUCGGAGAACAUUCGUUCAGUAGGAGGAAAUCAGGAUAACAUCAAUACCAGCGACGU